UGCUAUACGCCAUAGAUAAAUCUGACCUAGUAAGCAAUUUGUGCAGCUCAAUAUAUCCACCACGGCUGGACAGCGUUAAAAAACCGCUGUUAUAAAGUACAUGUAUGGGGAUGUCUGCGACUGACUGGUAUGCGCAUAAAUCGGUCGGAGACGGAGUGUUUUGGAUCCAGGAGAGAUUUUACGAAUCGGGGAACAGGGCUAACAUCUGGUUGAUUCGUGGAUCCCACCAGGAUGUCGUAAUAGACACCGGUUUGGGCCUCAGGAGCCUACCGGAUUAUAUCAACGCUAUGGGUUUGCUCGGAGACGACCCGAAGAAAAAGAAUCCGUUGUUAGCGAUUGGAACCCACGUUCACUUCGACCACUCCGGUGGCCUGCAUCAGUUUCAACAGGUGGGCGUUCACAAGGCAGAGGUCGACGCGUUGGCCAACGGUGACAACUUCGAGACGGUGACAUGGUUAUCCGACAGCGAGAUUGUAGAGCAGCCGACCCCCGGUUGGAGAGCCAGGCAGUACAGGGUCAAGGCUGUUCAACCAACUCAUAUAUUACAGGAAGGUGAUGUCAUAAACCUUGGGGACCGGCAGCUCACUGUCCUCCACAUGCCGGGUCACUCCAGGGGCAGCAUCUGCCUUCACGACAUUGAGAAUAAACUCCUGUUUAGCGGGGAUGUGGUAUAUGACGGAUCCAUGAUCGACUGGCUCCCCUACAGCCGCAUCGGCGACUACGUCCGCAGCUGCGAAAGGCUGGUGGGGCUGGUGGACUCGGAGCAGGUGGAGCAAGUCAUGCCCGGCCACUACAACACGUUUGGGGCCAAGAGGCUACACCGCCUCGCCUCCACCUACAUCUCCAGCGCUGGAACGUGUCAUCGCUUCUCCACCUGUGCCAUCAAGAGUAUCGCCAGCAUCGCCCUGCGAGCCUCCAACUCCAGAGGGGCAUGCUGAGAAGCUGGGGGAGGUGGGGGGUGGGGAGGGGCUGAAUGUAACUCCAAGGGCCUUGAUUUCUUCCUACCCUCUUCCCUUAGGUCAGUGUUUCUCAAUUCCAGUUUUGGGCAUCACCAUAGCCUCACAAGGUGUGUCAGCAUUGUGUUAGGACGAAAAAACAUCCAGGAUAUGAAUUGGGAAACAUCAGUCAGCAGGUCUGAAAGACAGAACAAACAGUACUGAAAAUAAUUUAAAAAAAUCCUCACUAUGCCUGACUGAUCACGAAACCGAGUCUUCUCUACUUCUCAAACCCAUUCUCUCAUUUCAGAGAAGGGGGAUAAGAAAAGUGGGCUAGGGGGUCCAGAUAUGGACUGACCUCAGAUCAGCUCUUUUCCAGUAACAAUUAAGAGCCAUAUCAUAAUAAAUACAGCACUUACUGCAUGCAGAACAGCAGAAACAGGGUGUUUUUUAUAUGAAGUGAUGUGAUAGUUUUAUGUAUGAUAAAUGAAGAAAGCAUCAAAUGUACCUAGAUAAAAACAAUAAGUAAAUCACACGAAAAAUGUCAGAUUUUUUUGCUGGUUAACAACAUUUACCAAACAAAAUUAUUUGCUCCCCAGAAGUUUGACAUACAGUUUUCUGUUUGUUUGGUUUUUUUUGUUUGUUUGUUUUGCUCUGUAGUACGACAUAGAGUAAGCAAGCCACUGUGCAGUUUCUUUCAUUCUUUAAAACAAAUUUAACAGAUUACUGUUCAUUUUAUAUUCCUGCCAGUUACAAAAAGAUCCAGACCGUUAUUCUACCAGUCAUACCUGAGUAUUGAUGAUGUGUUUCAUUUCUCUUGAAAAGUUCUUGCCAAAACUACUUUGAUCAGAAGAGAACAAAACUGGGUUUGUUGAAUGUUUUUAAAACCUCAAUCACUUUGUGGAGGAAAAAGAAAUGAAUGUAUUGUAGAUUUCAUUAGAGAAUGUAAACUUGUGACACAGGGAGGUUAAGAUUAUGUGUGCAUUUUGUGGAGUUGUUACUUUGCUCAACUCUGAAUACACAGAUGAGGCUGUGUAUGGACUAGAUGUGUGUUGUGCAUUGUAGAUACGAAUGUUCAUGCAGUGUAAGUAGACAGUCAGAUUCAAAGAUAUAGUGAAAGAAAUAUGAUUUAAACACAGGGAUUGUUUGAAUGCAGUGGAUUAGGGCAGGGACAGGCAGUUCUCUUCAUGGACGCCUGUGGAGUGUACAGGUCUUUGCCUUGGCCUCAAACCACCAUUUGAUAUGGUCUGUGGAAGUCCAGAUGAUCCUGAAUACUGGAUUUGGCUGCGUGUUAGAUCAGGGUUAGAGGGUAUUCUCUUACACAGUGCAGCCUUCCUGUAGGACAUGUGGGUAAUCUCCGUAUCAUAAGAUUGUGUAAUUUAAGCAAUCUUCAGGGUAGUUAGUGACUAUAGACAUUGCUCCCUACCCUCUACUUAUUAACAGCAGGACCUCUGACUUAAACCAAAGUGAUACAUAGCUACACACUAUUCCACAAACUACAAAACGGUGUCUUCCUCAUCUGUUAUAAAUGAACACACACACACACACUAAAAAAAGUUUUUGUUGGGAAAGUUGUUCUUUAUAUUAUGUGGUGUGAAAGUACAGUAAAGCAGAGGUUAGGGAAUGUUAGUGCUGACACUACUGUUUUACUGGGUUCCUCCAGAAGAUUUGUUUGUCGUGCAAAUACUGACAUGAGGGGGGGGGGGGGGAACCUCUGUCCAACACUGCUCAGUAGAUUAAAGGUUAUCUGGUCCUGCCUAAACAGCAGCAAAAAAUGUGUGUAUUUUGUAAGUACUAGAGUACACUCAAGUAUUUUUUCUUUCAUUUUUUUUUCAGUCAUGUGUAUACAUAUGAUCUAGCAUUGAUUAUAAGGAAAGAGAUUAUUUUUCUCUCUUUAUUCUAAGCUAAAUGACCAUGUCAUUUUCACUAAUUUGUAUAUAGUUGCUAUUGUUAUGCUUUUUUUCACAUUGAUGUUGUUCUCAUGAUUAAUGUUUGAAUAAUUGUUGAUAUUUGUAUAUUGUUGCUGGCAUGGAACAGUGAUUGGUUAAAAAAAAAAAAGAGAGAGAUUGGUUAAUAGUCAAGGUAAGCAUAUGUGCAAGUAACCUGUAUUUCUGCUCAGGAAUACUCAGCAACUCCAGUCACUCUGAGCAAGGCUGUAGUACACUAUUCACUGCAAUAUUCAAAUGUUCAGUGCCUCUGAGAGUCUCUUCCUGAAUACCUCACCAAUACCAUGGCAAACACUGUU